GGUGGAUAGCCGGGCACGUGCGACUCGGUUUCGCACUGGAGAAGGUGCAGGCGGCGACUGAGGGCGGAGACCAACGCCUUGAGGAAGAAGAAACGGGGAGGAUCAAAGAUUGCUGGGACAACCAGGAAGCACCUGCACUCUCCACGUGUAGCAAUGCCAAUAUCUUUCGAAGGAUAAAUGGCAUGUUGGAUAAUUCUCUGGAUUUCAGCCGAGUCUGCACUACACCCAUAAAUCGAGGGAUUCAUGACCAUUUGUCAGCAGACUUCCAGGACUCCGAAGAAACAGUUACGAACAGGAUGCUUUUCCCCACCUCUGCGCAAGAAUCUUCCCGUGGCCUCCCAGAUGCAAAUGACUUGUGCCUUGGCCUGCAAUCCCUCAGUCUGACGGGCUGGGAGAGACCCUGGAGCACCCAAGACUCAGAUUCCUCAGCCCAGAGCAGCACACACUCGGUAUUGAGCAUGCUCCAUAAACCAUUGGGAAAUGUCCUGGGGAAACCCUCAUUGAGCUUCCUGCCUCUGGACCCCUUGGGAGCUGACUUGAUGGACAAGUUUCCAACACCCACAGUAAGAGGAUCCCGCCUGGACACCCGACCCAUCUUGGACUCUCGUUCCAGCAGCCCCUCUGAUUCAGAUACCAGUGGCUUCAGCUCUGGAUCAGAUCAUCUCUCUGAUUUGAUUUCAAGCCUUCGAAUUUCCCCUCCUCUUCCCUUCCUGUCUCUGACGAGUGGGUGUCCCAGAGACCCUUUAAAGAUGGGGGUUGGGUCCCGGAUGGACCAAGAUCAAGCUGCUCUUGCUGCCGUCACACCCUCCCCAACCAGUGCAUCAAAGAAAUGGCCAGGAACAUCUGUGUGGCCAUCCUGGGACCUUCUUGAAGCUCCUAAAGACCCCUUCAGCAUAGAGAGGGAGGCCAGGCUGCACCGGCAAGCUGCAGCUGGAUUGGUUAACACCUUCCGUGUUUUUGGCUCUUUGAGUGUCGAGUGGCCUGGUAAGGAUGGCAAGCACCCCCGGUGUCCUCCCAAAGGUAAUAUGCCUAAAGGGUAUGUGUAUCUGGUCUUUGAACUAGAGAAGUCUGUCCGAGCCUUGCUUCAGGCUUGCUCUCAUGACCCACUGAGCCCAGAUGGCCUGAGUGAAUAUUAUUUCAAGAUGUCUAGCCGAAGGAUGCGCUGCAAGGAGGUGCAGGUGAUCCCCUGGGUCUUGGCUGACAGCAACUUUGUCCGGAGCCCAUCUCAGAGACUUGACCCCAGCAGGACAGUGUUUGUCGGCGCUCUGCACGGGAUGCUCAAUGCUGAGGCCCUGGCAGCCAUCUUGAAUGACCUAUUUGGUGGAGUGGUGUAUGCUGGGAUUGACACAGAUAAGCACAAGUAUCCCAUUGGAUCUGGACGUGUGACUUUCAACAACCAACGCAGUUACUUGAAGGCAGUCAGUGCAGCUUUUGUGGAGAUCAAAACCACCAAGUUUACCAAGAAGGUUCAGAUUGACCCCUACCUAGAAGACUCUCUGUGUCAUGUCUGCAGCUCUCAACCUGGUCCUUUCUUCUGUCGAGACCAGGUCUGCUUCAAGUACUUUUGCCGAAGCUGCUGGCACUGGCGGCACAGCAUGGAGGGCCUGCGCCACCACAGCCCACUGAUGCGGAACCAGAAGAACCGAGAGUCCAGCUAGAAGAUGGCAACCAAGGCGCUGGCCCAUAAGGCUUCCGCCUCCACCACCUGCCAUGGUGGCCAGGAGCUGGCUUCCCGAGGACAAGGGAAAAUUGUAGUCACCUUUGCACUUGCUGAAUCUGUCUUUGUUUCUGCACUAAUUAAUGCACAAUGAGUUUUGUCGGGUUUUGUUUUCAGGGGGUGUGCCAGUGCAAGGACCUUGUGGCUCACCCUCCAAGUGACUCUGCAGUUUUCCCAGAUUUUAGUUCCUCAUUUUGCCAAUGAAAAGCAAAAACAAAACAAAAAAAAACGUGUCCAGAAGGUGUUGACACGGAUGUCUACAUCUAGGUUUAUUUAUUAAAGCGCUUUUUUACAUUCCUUGCAAUACUGAUGGUGAUGACGCGCAGGUCUCAUUGGUCUCGUUCUUGCAGUUGCCAUACAGUGCCUUUCCAUUUAUUUAACCCCCACCUGAACGGCAUAAACUGAGUGUUCAGCUGGAGUUUUUUACUGUAAACAACAAGGAGACUUUGCUCUUCAUUUAAACCAAAAUCAUAUUUCAUAUUUUACGCUCGAGGGUUUUUACCGGUUCCUUUUUACACUCCUUAAAACAGUUUUUAAGUCGUUUGGAACAAGAGAUUUUUUUUCUUUCCUGGCAGCUUUUAACAUUAUAGCAAAUUUGUGUCUGGGGGACUGCUGGUCACUGUUUCUCACCGUUGCAAGUCAAGACGUUUGUGACCAAGGAGAAUUUUUUUUUUUUUUAAUUUGAAACUGGACCGGAUAAAAUGACAAUUGAAUGGCUGCUGUAUAUAGUUUUAAAUGGUUUACUGCACCUUUCUAAGUUGCACUUAUGUCUGGGGGGAGGGUUGAUAGAAGUUUUUAAUCACAAAGUCACAGGGCUUUUUUCUUUUUUGUAACUGGGCUAAAAAGGGCUGCUUUUUGAUGGGGGCAGAUGAAGGCUCACAGGAGCCCUUUCUCUUAGAGGGGGCAAGUACCCUUUAUUGCUUUCAUUUGAGAAAUGUAUGAAACAACAGUUGCAGUCGACUGAAAUGCUACUGGAAUUUGAAAACUUGACUUUUUCCUUUCUCUCUUUUAAGUUUUUUUCUUUUAAACUACUUGCCCCUCUUUGGGAAGCUGUGUGCCAAAGAAUCAGUGUCAUAACUCCCCCUCCCCUCUCCCCUCCUGCUGAACUGAUGUUGCAUUUUUGCAUAUCCCAGCUACUCUGUGGGUUUUGUGAAGCUGUGUGUGAAGUCUCUACCUCAUUGUAGCAUAUGCAGGCAAGACUGCACCCCCUACAGAUGUGUGGAGUAAGCUGUGGGGUAGUUCUUUUGGCACAUAAUAAACACGUUGCAGCAGA